CGUGCACUGGACCGUUGCCAGUGCGCCUGAGGGAGCGAAACUGCCGGCCAGUCAGGAUCCCUGUUGUAACCACCGGUGUGAAAGACCGGCCCAUGGCGCCAGUGUCCCAGUCCAGCUAUCCAGAGGACACCCCGGGCUCUGGGAGACAGCGACGCAGCUCUUCCGAUAGCCCGCCAUCCGCGCAGGCCAGACAGUCCCCUUGGGUCAGCCGUACUCACUCCCGCGACCGCGAAUGCCUCAGGCCUUCGUGGAGUGGGUCGGGUGUUGGAGCUUCUUACCCCUUUAUCCGCCCUGAGUCUCGAAAGCGGCCCCCCGGGCUCCGCAACUAUGACUUCUCAUCCUCUUCUUUCUCCUGUGGAGGGUACCGUUACCAUCAACACCACUAUGUGGGCGACAGGCAGUGGGUGGAGGACUGUGAGAAAGAGAAGGAGGAGAGCUAUCGCCAGAGGCGGCUGAAAGAGAGAGAAAGGAUUGGGGAGUUGGGAGCUCCUGAGGUAUGGGGGCUGUCUCCAAAGUUUCCUGAGCCAGAUUCUGAUGAACACACCCCGGUUGAGGAUGAAGAGGUAAAGACCAAGAAGAGCAGCAGUUCAGAUACCAGCUCCGUAGAAAAACGGAAAAAGGCCAGUCGUUCAAAAAAUAAAAGGAAAAGAAAGAAAAAGUCCAAAAGAAAACAUAGGACAUAUUCUGAUAAUAGUGACAGUGAUUCGGACUCCGACACUAAUUCCAGCUCUAAUGAUAAAAAGAGAGCAAAAAAAGUCAAGAAGAAAAAGAAACGCAGAGCUAAAAAGCCCAAGAAAAAGAAGACUAAGAAGACUAAAAAAGAAUCCAGUGGCUCAAGCUAUGAGGAUUCAGAAGACGAGUUGCCAGAAGACAUCUGGAUUGAGCAGUCAAAGAUUGCAGAUAACAUGGAUCUAAUAGGUCCAGAGGCACCUAUUAUACACACCUCUCAAGAUGAGAAGCCUUUGAAUUAUGGCCAUGCUCUGCUUCCAGGUGAAGGUGCAGCUAUGGCUGAGUAUGUAAAAGCCGGAAAGCGUAUCCCACGAAGAGGUGAAAUUGGGUUGACAAGUGAAGAGAUUGCUUCUUUUGAAUGCUCAGGUUAUGUUAUGAGUGGUAGCAGGCAUCGCAGGAUGGAGGCUGUGCGCCUGCGUAAAGAGAAUCAGAUCUAUAGUGCUGAUGAGAAGAGAGCCCUUGCAUCCUUUAACCAAGAAGAGAGACGGAAGAGAGAGAAUAAAAUCCUAACUAGUUUCCGAGAGAUGGUGUACCGAAAAACAAAAGGGAAAGAUGAUAAAUAAGGACUUUUGUUCCAUAGCAGGACUUUCAACAAUUUUAAAUGACCAAAAUUAAAAGGCUUUAUGGUGCUACUGUACCAACUGUAAGUUCCUUAAGAAAAAGCUGCUUUUUUAGAUUUCUUUAACAAUAUAUUUUGUUAAUUUUAACUGUAAAAGUAAUAUGUAUACAUGUUUUUAAAAAUAUUCAAACACUAUAGGAGGAGAGUCAGUAGAAUGUGAGUCUUCUACCCCCAUCCCUAAUCCUUCCCUCCUAAGAAAUCUCUUUUUGGCAUUUUCUUUAUCUAUCCAUGAAUCCUGUUUAUGUAAAAGCAUGUUUAUUGCAGGAUAAAAGUUGAAGCUAUUAACCUAAAGGGUUGUUGUUUUCCCUGUUGCUUCCUCAUGGAGCCAUUCAUUUACCCAAGGAAAACCAGGAGAACCCCGGAAAAAACAAAGGAUUCAAUUGAGUGUAUACUUCUGGUUUGCAUUUAACAGAGUUAAAAGUUAGUUUUAUUGGCUCAUUUUCCUCUUCUAGCCUGUUUCCCUGAAAUAAUAGGCUGCCAAAGCUCCUGAGUUUGGUUAUGUAUUUCCUGGUCCACGUAUGAAGAGAGAAGGAAAAUUUUUGUUUUGGCAUUCCAAAUAAGACUACUGAGACUCAGCCUAAUUAGAUUAGCUUAGGUCACAUGCUUCCCCCAAACCUCCCCUCCUGCC